GCUUUGACGCUCGAACACCUCGAGGAUAAAUUCUACCGCGAAGGUCUCGCCAACUUCACCCAAGCCCAAUUCGCCGCCGCCGGCUUCGACGCCACCUUCUACCGCUACCUGCAAGAAAUCUCCUCCGACGAGACCAUCCACGUCAACUUCCUCACUGCCGGCAUCACAGCUGCAGGCGUUCAAGCCGUCAAAGAGUGCACCUACGCCUUUGGCGUCACCUCCGUGGAAUCCUUCGUCGCCACGGCCUCCAUCCUCGAGGGCGUCGGCACAUCGGCCUACCUCGGCGCAGCCCCUCAAAUCGCCUCAAAAGCCUACCUCCUCGCCGCCGGCUCCGUCCUCUCCAUCGAAGCCCGGCACUCCUCCUACAUCCGCUCCUCUCUCAAACAACUCCCCUUCCCGCAACCCCAGGAAAUUCCCCUCACCCCCAACGAAGUCUUCACCCUCGCCUCGCCCUUCAUCGUCUCUUGCCCGUCCGACAACCCCACCUUCCCGGUGCGUGCGUACCCCAAACUCGUCCUCACGUCCACGGGUCCAGUGACUGUCGGGUCGAAAAUUACCGUCUCCACGCCCGGGUAUGUUCUCGCUCCAGUCACCGGCUCGAAUGCGCCGUUGUUCGCGUCGUUUGCAUCUGCAGGCGGGCCUGUGAACGCGGAACUGACGAGGAUGGGCAAUGGGAUGGACUACAGCAUUACCAUUCCGGAGGGUGUCGCCGGUCUGAACUAUCUGCGUCUGUCCAACUGUGGGGAUGCGACGCAUUUGAGCGAGGAUCAAAUCUUGGCUGGGCCGGUUGUGGUUGAGAUCACCAAGGCGUGA